CAAAGUGUCUUUAUUCACUUGUCACAAGUUGACACAAGCCAUGCGAGACAAUAUUGUUGAACAGAACGGAAUUGUUCACGUUUGUCAGUCAUGAUUUGGAAGUGGGAAAGUUUAGGCGACUGAUGAGCUGUCACUGAGAACUGUUUCUCUUGUAGGGCCUACAAUAGCGAUACGUUUCCUAUUUUUGCCGCUUGAUAAAUAAAUACAGGGAACGACCAUCACCAUGUCAUUGUUAAGAUUAAUACCAGUAUUACAGAAACAGAACUGUCUAUCCUCUAUUGGUGGUUUAAACAGCUAUAGAUCGUCAUCGUCAUCAAUACACAAGCCCAGAAAGGCCCAUUUAGUUUUAGAAGAUGAUAGCCAUUUCCCUGGUUAUUCUUUUGGUCAUGAAAAAUCAUCUGCUGGUGAAAUUGUGUUUAACACAGGACUUGUUGGAUAUCCUGAAGCCUUAACAGAUCCAAGUUACAGAGGUCAAAUAUUGACCUUGACCUAUCCUAUUAUUGGGAACUAUGGAGUACCUAAUACAAAUAAAUUAGAUGAAUUUGGAUUAAGAAGAUAUGUUGAAUCUGAGAAGAUACAGGUGUCUGGGCUGAUAGUUCAAGACUACACAGCUGAACAUAGUCACUGGAAUUCUGUCAAAUCCCUUUCUGAAUGGUUGAAGGAAGAUGGGAUCCCUGCCUUAUAUGGUAUUGAUACUAGAAUGGUAACUAAAAUGGUCAGAGAUAAGGGCACUGUUUUAGGUAAAAUAGAAUAUGAAGAUCAACCAAUAGAAUUUGAGGAUCCAAAUAUUCGAAAUUUAAUAGCAGAAGUAUCAUCAAAGGAAGUAAAGAUUUAUGGAGAAGGAAAUCCUGUAAAGAUUGUAGCUUUAGAUUGUGGUAUAAAACACAACAUGAUUAGAUCUCUACUGAUGCGAGGUGCUGAAGUGAAAGUAGUUCCAUGGAAUUAUGAUUUUACUCAGGAGAAAUAUGAUGGUUUAUUUUUAUCUAAUGGACCAGGAAACCCUGAAUUAGCACCUGAAGCUAUACAAAAUAUUAGACAGGUUAUAAAUAGUGAUAGAAAAGAACCUGUAUUUGGUAUUUGUAUGGGAAAUCAGCUGACAGGUUUAGCUGCUGGUGCAGAAUCGUACAAACUACCCUUAGGAAACAGAGGUCACAAUCAACCAGUAUUAAAUGUUAUAACAAAUCAAGCUUUUAUAACAUCACAGAACCAUGGAUUUGCUAUUAAUACGAAAACCCUGUCCAAUGAUUGGGAUGUGCUGUUUGUUAAUGCUAAUGAUAAAAGUAACGAGAUGUUUUAG